UCAUUUGUAUAUACCUUUAAAUUCAAAUCUACUGCUACAGGUACGGCUGCCAAGUCCGAGCGGCAUUAUUCUGGCUAAGUCCUGCAAUGGUUGGACAGGACUGUAAUGCAUAGUUACGCCAGGAGUCGCUAUCACGGCUGGCAAUUUAAAUCAGAAUUAUAGACCUCAAGUUAAGGACAAAGGCUAUCGAGAUCUGAGAUUGUAAAGAAGACGUUCAAAAAUCAAUCGGUGUAUAGAAAUAGCGUUGCCUGACGGAAAACUGACACAGAGUGGCCGAGACAGCUAUCAAACGGAUUAACGGCGCACGGGUUGUAAUGCCCGGGGACCCGAGUGAUGGAUAUCCCACCCUAGUUCUCUCACCCACGGGUAUGUAGCCAAUACGGAUGCAGCAUAGAGGUGAUCUUCUGUGUGCAUCGUAACGGUGAUAACGUGCAUUGCCUUAUUUGGAUACUUACUGCGGUGUGAGAACUUGUGACAGUUAGUUAUGAGCGGGAUAACACUUCCCGCCAUCCCGGGGGCGUACCCUUCUUCCGUCAAAUCUCUUCCCUUGGGGCUCGGGUUCGGCAAUAACCAUGGUUCCCGGCCCUCGAGCAGUGGAAGCGGGAGCACGGCGUUUACCCUGGUCCCUCAUGUCUACUACGAUAACUGUCUGUUCCGGACUCCCCGGACCAGUGCCCACGGACCGUCCAGAUCUACGACAAAAUUUCCAUCCUUACGAACAGGAAGGACUCAACAUGUCACUAAUGAUGUUAGAUCAAGGUACUCGGCUAAGUACAGGAGCACCCCUGACUUGAGACAGAGACUGAGCGCAAACUCACCAUUUCUACCAAAGACUGCUACAGAGGACUGCCUGAAGUGUUUACUGAAGGUCCCACACAAAAAGUGUGAAUCGCACAAGUACAUCCGGGUAGGCGGAGGAUAUCGCCACGGUUACUGGUACGUCAAAUGUCUACUGGAGGAAUUAGAAUUACAGCGUCAACGGGAACUCAUCAUGAAACAAAGGUUGGAAUCUAUCAGAGAGAAACAAAUGAAAGCGAUCAAGACAUACAUACGUACGAAAAGCGGAAGACUUAUAGAGAAGAUCAUUUUUCUGUCUGAGGAGGACUAUGAAGCCUUCAAAGAAGGAAAGAACGUUGAGGAAUUAUUGAAAAAAUACCUUUCAAAAGACGAGGCAAAGGGCCUGCAAUCUUGGGACAAAGAUGAGGUGAAAGCGAUAAAAACAAUGGUGCGAACGAAGAGUGGUAGACUUAUUGAGAAACUGGUGUAUGUUUCUAAAGAAGAUUAUGACGCCAUCACGGCGGGAAAAGUGGAUGCCAAAGACCUUUUGAAGAAGUAUGCGAAGGACGGUGAGGUAAUUGAAGGAUGGAAGGAAGCUGCCAUGAAGACAAUAAAAACCUACGUUCGAACUAAAAGUGGAAGGAUUAUUGAAAAGACUAUAAUGAUUUCUCAGGAGGACUAUGAUGCUAUGAUAAAGGACGGUAAAAACCCAGAUGAUAUUCUCAAGAAAUACAUAACCCUCGAGGAAGGACAGCAGCUAGAAUCUUGGAAAAGUGCAGAGCCGAUGAAGGCAAUCAAAACAAAAAUUCGAACAAAAAGUGGAAGGAUUAUCGAAAAGACGAUAUAUGUGUCUGCUGAUGAUUACGAUAAAAUGAUGAAGGGUGGCGGAGAUCCAAACGAUAUUUUGAAAAAAUACAUGGGCGAAGAUGAGGGUACAAUUGAGGGAUGGACAAAGGCUGAUCCUACAGCCAUGAAAGUCGUGAAGACAUAUGUGAGGACGAAGAGUGGUCGACUGAUAGAAAAGAUAGUCAUGCUGACGGAGGACGAGUAUAAACAGUUCGUGGAGUCCGGGGGGGAUCCCAACUUCCUUAAAAAGUUUAUAGAACUGGAGAAGGGAGAGGUCAUCGACUCGUGGGAGAAAGCAUCAACUGUCUACUCAGGGGGGUCUGACCAGGAGAUGAUUCAAAGAGCAAAAGUUGGUGAAAGAAUCGUUGGGAAAGACGGAGCAGUAUAUGAAAUCAUAGUUGAUCCACUCACAGGGAAAAAAUACAAAAAGAAAAUUGAAUCUGACGUAGACAGUGGAAUAGCCUCAAUGCAAAAAGGAAAGAAGGGAAAGAAAGGAAAAGGUGGGAAAGGAGGAGGCGAUGAUUCUGAUGAUGAGACACCGGAGGAUAGACGAAGAAGAAAGGCCGGUAAUCGGGAUGCUGACAGCGAAGGAAGUGCAUUCAGUUAUAAAAGUGUCGUAAGCGCAGGCGGAACACGUCAUGUGAGGCGCAGGCGCAAACGUGAGGACGGCACAUAUAGUGACAGUGCGUCAUAUCACAGCUCCCAAGACGAAGCUGGACAGGCACGUAGGCGACGACGGCGUCGUGAACGAAAACACGGAGCUGAUAGUGCCAACAGUUACUAUAGUGUCGUCAGUGACGGCGGUACACGACACGUUAAGCGUCGGCGGAGACGAGGGGACGGUACCUACAGUCGUAGUGUGUCCCAUCACAGUUCUGAUAGUGGGAAAGAGGGAGGAAGACUCGCCGACAAGAAAAAGAAGAAGAAAGGGAAGGUACACGGAGCUGAUAGCGAUUACAGUUACGACAGCGAUGUAAGUGCUGGUGGCACGCGCACGCGAAAACGGAAAAAGAAAAUCAGAGAUGCCAAGGGCAAUGUGAUAGGCUAUGCUUCCUCUGAGAGUUACGCGAGUGAUGAUGAAAGUGUAUAUACAACUGUAUCGGAUGGCAAAGGAGGUAAGAUAAAAGUAAAGAAGGAAAAACCAGGUAAAGGAGGAAAAGGAGGUAAGGGCAAGGGCGGCAAGAAGAAGGUCGAUCCAGUUUUCAGCGAUUGCACGACGGAUGACGACGACGUUGAUCUGGAGAAUAUGACAGAGGAGGAGAAGAAAGCCUACUUCAAGGGAAAAGCUGAAAGAGCAGAAGCCCGGGAGAAAAGGAGAAGGGAGAAAUACGGCGAUAAAUACGACGAAAUGGUCGGCAAGCACCAAGACUAUAAGAAAUACAAGGCCAAGGAGAAGAUGAAGGCGAAGAGACUCCAAGAACUGCGGGAGAAAGGCCUCAUAAGUCCGUCUUCCGACUGGACUAUUGACUCUGAUACAGGCGAGCCCUUGCGGAAGGCUGAAAAAGCAAAAGUGGAACAACAAAAGAAGAGGAAGAAGCUUCAGGAGUUGAGAGAAAGGGGUUUAAUAAGUCCUUCUUCUGACUGGACGCUUGACUCGGACGGAGAACCUGCACGUAUUAGUGACCUCAUCAAACAAGGUAAAAGAAAGGCAGAGGAUUAUAAAAAAGGUGGUAAAGGAAGACGGAAAGGAGGAAAAGAUGGAAAUGAUGCUGAUGAUGAGAGUGACAGUGAAGCCGUUGCCGGAGGUAGACGUGUUUCCAUGCAAAAGAGUAACAUAGGAGGACGUAGAGGAAGCAAAGGCCAGGGAAAGGGAGGUAAAGUUGCUGGAAAAGUUGGAAAAGAAAAGAAACUUGCUCUUAAGGCAGGAAAAAGGGACGGCGAUAGCGACAGUGAUUACAGUUAUAGAAGUGUUGUGAGCGCUGGAGGCACGCGCCAUGUAAGGCGCAGGCGCAAACGCGCCGACGGGACAUACAGCGACAGUGCCUCGUACCAUAGCAGUCAAGAUGAAGACGGUGAGACACGUCGGAGGAGGAGACGGAGAGAUCGUGCGCACGGAGCGAACAGUGCUCAUAGCUACUACAGCGUGGUGAGUGAGGGAGGGACGCGCCACGUUCGUAGAAGGAAACGACACGAGGAUGGGACGUACAGUGCAAGUGAGUCAUACCAAAGCUCUGACAGAGAGGACCCGGAUGAUGAAGACGGAAAUGACGAAGGAGAAGACGGAGAAACGAGUCGGUUGUCUAAAGACAGUGGAAACGAUAGUGAUUCAGACUCGUCUUCUACCGAUUAUAGUUACGCAAGUGAAACUAGCGAAGGCGGGACAAGGUAUGAAACAAAACGGAAGCGGGUAAGAGAUGCUGACGGAAACAUUAUUGGAUACGGAGAACCUAAACCCGCAGGGAAAGCCGUCAGCGAUACGGAGUCGGUCAAGACUCGGCGAGGCUCUAUUGACGAAAGCAUAAAGAACCUUCCAGACAUUCCCAUAGACAGCAAGGCGCAUGCAGACAUGGGCGUGCCUGACUAUAGCGAGAAUGGUAUUGAAGAUGAAAAAUGGCCAGGAGCUGACGCGGAUGACAAAGUGCCUUCAGAAUUUAGUGACGCUACAACAGACGACGAUGUCGACUUAUCUAACAUGACCGAAAAUGAAAAGAAAGAAUAUUUUGCCGAAAAGGAACGAAAGAAACAGGCAAGAGAGAAGAGAAGGAGGGAGAAAUACGGAAGUCGUUAUGACGAAAUACUGAAGAGAAAAGAACAAAAACGUCUAGAGCAGCUUAUAAAGGAGCAAAAGGAAAAUGACGAACAGGAAAGACUGGAGAAAGAGCAAACAGAAAAAGAACGACGUAGAUCAUCUGUGAGACGUUCGUCCCUGCUUUCAGGGAAACCGCGGGAAACUCCUAAAAGUAUGGUGACGUAUGAGAAAGGAACCCCAAGGGAGUAUGGACCGAAAAAGUCGGCUGACAAACGUGAUCAUGGUCUCAGACAUGAGUCAUGGGGAAGGAAAGACAAAGAAGGUAGAAGCAGACUAGGAAGUGACAGCAGUAUGAACGAGGGUUUUAUGCCAAAGUUUAAGAGAGAGACGACGAUGUUACAGAAACUCCCUCCGAUUCCCCAGGGCAAACUCUACACAGGUGAUGAUCAGAGAGGCAAGAACGCUAAGCAUUCUAUGGUGGAUAAAGAAUCGACAAUGGAUACGGAUGAAGCUCAGUUUGUCAAAGAUGAGGACUCCGGGGAAGAUAAUAAAGAAACCAAACCGAAGCCACCAGAACCUGUCAUAGAGGUGGGAGCUGACGGCAGACUCCGGCUGAAGAAAAAGAAGAUAGAUUUAAGUGAACUUGACGACGAAACUCUGAGGAGACUUGGAAUCGAUCCUAGUCUUUCGGCGAUAGAGAUAGCUAAAAGGCUGAAGGAGAUGUUUGGAGAUGAUGUGAAACUGACGAUAGGAGGGAAAGUAAUCGGUACCAAAGGAGUCGAGGAAUUUGACUCAGAUUUGGAUGAUGAUCAGCUGGCUGACCAGGAGGACUUGGACCUUACAACGCUAAAAGGGAAAAGGCGGGUCAAUGUGCUGUUCAAACGAGGCGGAUCAGCACUGAAGCGCCACCUACAACGAAUAAUUGACGAAUGCACUCUGUUGGAACGUGCCAAACGAAACUUGGACGAAAGGGAAUCCUCCAUUGACUUCCUGGCACACUACCGGCUGGUCGACCCUACAAAGAUCGAUGGGUACGCCAAGGCGUUUGUAAUAGAAGACGAAGAUUAUGACACCGUCUUAAACCUUAACGUCCUUCACAUUGAUGAGGCGACGGAAGUGACGUUCCGGAUGUUCUCCGUGAUAACAGCGUUGUGUGAGCGUGUGACCAACAUGGACUCUCUCAGCCAACACCUAUUGGAGAUAUGUAGUAUUGCAGAUAUAGAACGUAAGAUGGAUUUAUACAAGGCCAUGUUUUACCACAAUGUUCCGUCCUACCGGAACAGCAACCACAUAACCUCGGAGUCCCUAAAGAUCGAGAUGAUAGCUGGAGGACUGAACUGGACCCAGCAGGACUUUGUCAUGGAAAAGAUGGAGCCAAACAAAUAUGGCGAGAUUUCCUUCCUGGAUUAUAUGUGUUAUAUCCCGCUGUUCCUCUCUCUGCACGACAACAUUUGUGAUAAUCCCCUGGACAUGUCGAACAACAAGUACCAGAUGCCUCCUCGCAAGCGUCCACCUUCUGUCCAGAGGGACAUGAAUCCUCUGGGACACCCUAUGAAAAAGACAUCCACUUACAGGAUGAAGGCCAGAUCUCUAGAAAUUAUGGAAGGAAAAAUUCCACAGGAUGAAUGUUCGAAAGAUUAUUUAGACGUGUUGAACAAAUACGCAAGGCUGCCGACCAUAUUUUCUAAUACAAAUAAAAGGAGCGGAUCGGCCUCCAGCCAAAGUGAAUCCGGAUCGUCGACCAAUAAUAUGAUCUACUGAGUUUGGGUUGACGACUGCAGUACACGACCUAUUAACUGUAUGACGUUAUUUACAAGGAGGGAAGAUCUCAUAACGUAUUUGCUGACUGCUUUGUGCCAAAAUAUUUAUAUUUCAAGUUCAUUUAUUGUGUUCAUUCGGCUAUGUAAUAUAUCAUGUUUUUCAAGCUUAUAUGUGUAUAUAAAGUGAAUAUUCUAUAUAUCAUUUUAAAGUCACUUUUAUACGGUCAUAGUUAGCCCUCGGGAAUCAUACAUGUGAAGCAUCAUUUGUGGUAUACAGAGUAUGUGAGUAAUAUACUACUCUGAAAUCAUACUUUCUUAGGGUCCAAAUUUCGUGGUUUUCCAAACAAUCACAAUUUCUUGGGUUUAUGAAUUCUAGGGUCACUAGUAGCCACUUAUAUGGAAUAGCUUUAUGUCAAACUUGUGAUUUCUUCGUGGGACCUAUGAAUUCGUAGAUGAAAAAGAUGAAUUAAAAACAAAAGAUGAAAUUCUGUGAUUGCACAGUAAUUACAAAUCUUUCAUUAUUCAUUGUUUAUAAAGAGGUAAAUAAAGGAUGUCGACAUUAUUGAUACAUUAUAUAACUUAUGACAUCAUAGGAUGUCAUAAAUCAUCAACAAUCUGUCUGCUAUUUGAUGUUAAUAUUAAGCUUAAUUAAAACGUAACGGAUAUUUUAAUAGUUUAGUUUGCACAUUUGACAUACCUAAUGCAGGCAUAUAUCGUCAGUUCUCGUCGUGUACUAUUUUUAUAUCGAUUUUGAGAUCCAAUUUCUGUCGUUGUGUGCUAAGAUUUUGAUGCAUUUUUCAUUCAUUGAAUUUUUGAUAACUGCAAAUUUUGUAAAUGGCUACAAUGUUUAGUUUUUGUAUGGACCAGAGAAAGGGAUUGAUCACCUGUCACUUGUGUGAUAUUUAUUGACCGUGGUACAGCCACCUACUGACUUGUUUGUUGUGAUGAUUUGCUGAAAACUUUUAGAGUGUUUAAAAUAUACAUAGUAAACAUAUACUAAAAGGAUUAUUGUUGAUACAUGUGUAUACAUAAAUAUGUAUUUAUUAAAUCAUUCUA